AUGUCUGGAAAGCUUGCUGGGAAGGUAGCACUCGUCACUGGUGGAUCGGUUUUUUCACUUGGAUUAGGUAUUGGUAGAGCCAUCGCUCUAUCUCUGGCAUCGGAGGGGGCCUCCGUUAUAAUCAACUACUCUCGCUCCGAAGGUCCUGCAUCUGAGGUCGUCAAUCAGAUCGGGGCUUUGGCAGGCGGGGAGGGCCGAUCGGCGAUCGCCUUCAAAGCUAACGUGAGCAAACUCACCGAGAUCAAAGCGCUCGUCGAGCAGAGUGUCGCCAAAUUCGGAAAGAUCGAUAUUCUUGUUCUGAAUGCUGCUGGACUUUUCCCGAAUAAGUCCAUCGAGACGACUACAGAAGCUGAUUUUGACGAUGCCUAUAAUCUUAACGUCAAAGGACCGUUUUUCCUCGUUCAGACUGCUGCGCCUCACAUUCCAGAAGGUGGACGUGUCAUUUUCAUAUCAACUUCGGUGACUGCAGUCACGUCAGUUGCACCGCCGUACCUCCUCUAUGCUUCCACGAAAGGUGCCAUCGAACAAAUGAAUCGCGUUCUGGCUAAAGACCUCGGCCGUCGAAACGUCACUGUGAACGUUGUUUCACCUGGACCAGUUGGCACAGAGGCAUACUUUGUUGGCAAAACGGAGGAAAUCGUUAAGCUGAACGCUAGUUGGGCCCCCGCCAAUAGGAUAGGAGAGCCAGAAGACAUCGCAAAGGUGGUUACCUUCAUCGCUAGUGACGCGAGUGCUUGGGUGAAUGGUCAAAAUAUUCGAGUGAAUGGAGGAAUGACGGUUUGA